AUGGCUGCUUCAAUUCCACACCCAAAGAUUGUCAAAAAGCACACCAAGAAGUUUAAGAGACAUCACUCUGACAGAUAUCACAGAGUUUCUGAAAACUGGAGAAAGCAGAAGGGUAUUGACUCUGUUGUCAGAAGAAGAUUCAGAGGUAACAUCUCCGAACCAAACAUCGGUUAUGGUUCCAACAACAAGACCAAGUUCUUGAUGCCAUCUGGACACAAGGCUUACUUGGUUAAGAACUUGAAGGACUUAGACGUCUUGUUAAUGCAUACCAAAACCUACGCCGCCGAAAUUGCUCACAAUGUUUCUGCUAAGAACAGAGUUGACAUUAUCGAAAAGGCCAAGAAGUUGGGUGUUAAGGUUACCAACCCUAAGGGAAGAGUUUCUUUGGAAGCUUAG